UAUUUCAUUACAAAUUCAUUGCAUUGCCUAUAGGGAGAUUGAUAUCGACUCAUAAAUAUACAAAAUUGAUCGUAUUUUCAAGCACUUUAAAGGGGCACAUUUAUGGAAGAGCAAGUAUCUGAAGAGCCCACAACUAAAGCUACAUGUAGCAACACCGAGAAAGAGGAACAACAAGCUGAAAAUGUGCCAGAAAAUACAGAGGAUACAGAUGCAGCUUCUGGAUCUAAAUUAGAAAAAAGCACUGAUAGUACAGAUGAAGUACAACAGUCAGAUGAAGUGGAGGUAGAUCCUGCAGUGAUAGAGAAAUUCACUCUUGGUGUGUUAGAAAUGUUCUUACCUAACCUACAGAAAGCAAAAUCAUCUCUCAAUGAAGUCCUACAUAACCAAGAAGUACUAAUAGAGACUGUACAACAAGAGAACUCCAAGUUCACAGAUUCUGACUGUAUGAAAAAACUUAUUGAUACGAUGCAGGAAGCAAAACACUACCACAUGAAAUUAGUGAAUUUGAAACGGGAAAUGAAUGGACUAAUGGAUAAAUCUACAAAAUUAAAGCGAAGGGCUGUGAAAUUACAGCAAGAAAAACAGAGAGAAGAAUUAAGACGUGCUGUUCAGAUUGAAAAGGAACAAGAAAGAGAAAGAAUGUUAACAGCAAAAGUUGCCAAACCUUCACAGAAGAAACAAAAUACCCAAACUUAGCAUGAAGCAUAUUGUUUGGAAUAAUUAAAUCGAACUAAUGUUGUUAUGUGUUAAAUUGUUGUGAUUAAUAAGUUAGAGCAAACAUUUAAGAUGUGUUUUCAAUUCUAAUAAUUUUAUGUCAAUAUAUACAUGUACAUGUAGCCUGGGAUUCAGGCAUUGAUAUUUUUAGCUUAUUCAUAACAUACACGCUAUUUCAUACUCAUUUGUGUUUUUGAUAAUAUCAACACCUGGGGAAUGACUUAUGAUAAUCCUAUAAAUAGACUGAUUAGCAUGUGGCCACUUUCUGUACAUAAAGGCGUUCCAAUUUUUCCUCAGACCGAAAGCAUGCUAACUUUAUCAACCAAAGACUUAAGUGUUGAUAAUACUUUUCAAAGUUAACAGUUUAAGAAUGCUUAACUUCAUGUUUUUAUGUCAUAUGUAGUUUUCUUAUAGUACCAUUAAAGUACAUCCAUGUUUUCUAAAAGACUUUGCUAAGAUAACGAUCAGAAAUUAAAUUAAUAUAGGACAUAACCAUCAAAGUUAUAUUGAUUAUUGUGUGUGAUAAUUUUUUUGUGUUUUUAAUAAUCAACUGUAAGCAAAAGUACUUUCAUCUGUAUUAGAACUGUAUUAUAUACAUGUAUGUGUGACAAUGAUUGCAUCUUUUUGUAACCACUCAAUAUGUUUCUGUUACAUGCUGUACAAAUGUUGAAUAUAGGCCAGAGGCCUUAAUACGAAUACACUUUGAAACUUGAAUAUUUACUGACAUUGUUGGCUACAUUAUAACUGUUUUCAGUUACCUUUAAAACUUGAAUGAUUUUAGCAUUGGGUGUAUGUUAUUGUGAUUUUGCAGUAUUGCCUAUUUCAUUUGGAACCCUAUAGUGAUAUAGUUAUAAACAUGUAAAUGAAGUUAUAAAGUGUACAUACCAGUGCCUGCGCAACCACGAGAAAUUUCUUCGAGAUAAUAUUGAUAAAGACCUAUGAUAGGGAAUGGGAACUUCAUAGUGUAGUAGGAAACAAUGUUGCAGGAUUCUAAGCUCUUUCUGUUAAGCUAUAGCUCAAUAAUCUUGUAGAAAUCGUUAUAAAACUGUAUGAGAAGAUAAUUAAAUAAUAGUACUGGUUCUGUUAUUGAUUACUGGUAAAGCAAGGAUAUGUACAUUUGUACUUGAUAUACACAGUGAAACGAGGUCAACAGAUUUGUUGAAUUUUCUACAUACUGCAUGUACAUGUAUCUAAAUAUUUUUUGUAUGAUGUACAACAUUGUAUUCACAAUUCAUUUUAUAAGAUAAAAUUCAUUUUGUUUUGCUUGUUUUCAUAUAUUUGCCAUGGAGACCUAUUUAUAAUGAGUAAACAAUAGGUGCACAAGUUCAAAUAUGUUUUAAAUUGAUUUUACUGCUAGUAUUUGACACUGUAUGGUUUUAAUUUAAAAUUAAUGAUAGUUGAUGUACACAACUGUGUAGAAGGUGUUUUUAUUUUAGUGCUACUAACAUUCUAAUGUACAAUUUAGCAGCAAUGUACACAUGUGUAUAAGUAAGUGUUUUGAGUACAUGUACACAGAUGUAUGAAUUUACACAGAUGUAUGGAGUGUAUAUUAAGGUAAUAUGGUUAAAUGAAAGUGAAAUGAUGAGUUUGUUAGGGUGUUGAUGUUCUGUAUAUAUGUGUUACAUUUACAUUGAUAAAUACUGUAAACAUUCCAUUGUGCAAUAAAUUAUAAUUUAUGUAUGAAUAAAAUAUACCAUGAAAGGUU